AAUUGUAUCAUUUCUUGAAGCAGACGCGCACUCCAGUUAUUAACAAACCAGUCAUUCGAUGCUUGCCAUUAAAGCUGAGGAGGAAACAACACCUACUAAAUGAUCAAGGCAACACUCACACUCGCGUCUUUAUCGCCAGCCUCCCUGCAAAGUGGCAGCGGCUGCGGCACAACAACAACAGACCGACCAGGAGAGUUCAGGAACAUGUCCAUUGACUUGAGUGAGCUGAAACGGAGUGACUUCCCAUCAUGUGUGAGGAAGGGACUCUAUCAGCUCGAGGAAGUGCUUCAUAUGCCACAUGUUCCCCUUCACCAUGAGCUGCAGCAACACAUCAUGGACCAGUUUGUGUUCUGCUACUGUGACUCCUCCUCCAAGAUAAGGGCUAUUGGGCCUGUGGAGGAGCUUGUGGUGGUGCGAGAACUGAGCCAGCACUUGGGCAAGAUGGUGGACACAGCUUCCCGCAAUUCCCUCUUUAUUACUCUCUUCCACCCAUCUUCCCAUGACCCUCGCACUGCACACAAACUGCGUAUCCUCUCGGCCUUGGUGUCUUUGGCCAUCGCAACCCACAAUGUGUCUGUUCUGGAGGCCACAGCUGUGUGGAUGCAACAAGUGUGUUGCCUCAGUGGGUUUAGUGGUGAGGUGUGUCGAGGACUGGUACAAGAUUACUUCCAACUAACACCAUCAGCCCCACCACACUUUGCUGCAGCCCUCAGAGCAAUGCCUACCAUGGCUCCACUCUUCACUGCAAACCUCAUCACCACACUUUCCCAACUCUAUGCCAAAAUAGGCAGUGGUGAGAUGUGUGAGCGUCCUCCUGAUGCCUUGGUGAGCACAAUAGUGUGGUGGCUGAAGGGCACACCAGGCCUGCCACCACACCUGGCCCUGGUUCCCCUCACCAACUCUCUCCCUGGUGUCUCUCUCCCUAUGACAGCAGUACCUCCAUUGGCACCUCUAAUGAAGUGGUGUGUUGAGGCACCUUUCUUCGAGCAGACAAAUGACUCCUCUGAAACUCUGAAGCGCAAGGUCAAGAUGAUGAAGACAGAGACGGAACUUGAAAAAGCCACAAUUGGUCCAUCCCCAUCUUCCUCUUCACCUCCUCCCUCCUCUUCCACAUCCUCAUCCCCUCCUGUCUCCUUUAAGCCACCCCCUUUAUCAGAUACCAGCAAUGAUGUCUACUCCCAACUACACCUCUCUAUCUUGCAAACACUUCAGAAUGUUCCCUCUGUUAGGGCACGCAUGACACAAAAACAGGUGUUGUGUCCAAAGCACGUGACAUCAGUGGUGGAUGCUGUAAGUGAACGGAUCAGGAGCAGCAAUAGUAGCAAUACCAAUAAUCAAAUGGCUGAUGAGGAGGCCAUAGAUUUGGCACUCAACAGACUGGCACAGACUAUCCUUGUGGCACUUCAGACAGAAUCUCUCUCCGGGUCCCUAAGUGAUAUGUGGGAUUCUCUGCAUAGGUUGCCCAAGAAGAACAGACUCAUAUCCACCCUCCUCUCGAGCAGAGAAGCAAGGUGACAGUGAGACACUUAAAGGGAUUCCUUUCCUCUCCUCCCAGGUUCAUGAUUACUAUUAUUCAUGAAUUCAAGAAAAUUCAUAUAGCCCGCAUAAGUCCAUAAUUGUUGCUACGUUAUUGAUGUCUAGGGCUUGUGUAUGUAGAAGAUAGUUAUUCAUAUGCCAGCAAAUGUGAUCUGUUUAUGUUGGUGAAAAUCAGUCUACUUGAAUAAAAUGUAGUUUAUGAAAGAAACUUUGAGUAUGAUGUAAUCAUUAAUAAAAUUUGAACUCACAUCCAGCAUUAAAAUGGUCAUUUGAUUUGUAUGUGAGUAUCCCAAUGGACUGAUUGGUGUCUCAUUCUGCAGCACAAGCCUUACAUGACAUGAGCUUUUCUUCAGUUUAAUAAUUUGCAAUUCCAUUCUUAAAAUCAAUUCUAACUGUAUGUAGAUAUUUACAGAAGAUGCUACAAAGAGCAGAGGAAAAUGCACAUGAUCAGGGUAUAAGUUGAAACAGAUGAAAGAUUUGAAAUAAAAGUUGUGAGCCUGAGGUGUGUGAUAUUUGUUCAGUUGCUUAAGUCAUACAUGAUUGGCAACUAGUAUAUGAUAGGGAUGACAGGGGAGUUAUGAUCUGGUGACAUUCUUUCUAGUCAGCCUGAACGAAGGAACAGUCACCACAUUUCCUGCUAUUUGAUAAAAAUAACCAAAACAUAAAAUGAGGAGGUAAGACAUUAUAUAGACAUAUGUCAGUCAGAUACAUGAAUAUAAAUGCUAGUUUUGUAUCAAAAGUGAACUGCCUAAAUUUUUUUUUCCCCAUGAUUUUGUAAUUUAUAAUAUAUAAUUAAUUUAUGUAGCUUCAUUGACAGGAUGAUAUGUACAACUAUGAGGGGGACUAAGUAAGGUCUUGUUAAAUAUUGAACAUUUACAAGCAUACAUUAUGUAAGAUAACACAAAUAGUCAUAAUUCUUGUAUUUUUAUAUGUGAAUACAGUUUAGUAUGUAAUCAGAUUUGUCUGACUCCUCCCAUUAGUCAUAAAUUUGUCAAUAUUGAGAACGAAUGAACAACAGCAAAACUGUUGAUUGAAAGUAUGUAAUACAACAUUGAAAUAGACCAACUAACAUCUUUCAAACUUCCUUCAUUAUUGUCAUACUAACAGGAUAGGCCAGCCUAUCCUCACCUGUGUGAGAUGCACCUUGUUACUACACUCUGGUGAGAGGCUUUCUGUCACAAUCUGAUAACAUGAAGUUUUAAGUUUUAUUCAUUUAUUUUUAGCUGUUUUUGGUGAAUUUUAUUGGCAUGAAUUAUAAAAUUGCAGCAGUAUUAUAAAUAAGUCUCAUGGCCUGUAUCCUUCUGGAAAGAACACUAUGCCAGCUGACAGCUUGUACAAAGGACAAAAUGGCUACAAGCAAAGGACUCCAUUUCAUCCUGAGGAAACAUGAAAUGUUUGAAUUUCAGUGAAUGUGGCAGUAUAGGUAAAAAGUGGAAAAAGGAGAUAAAUUUUUUUAGAAUGCUAUGCAUGAGUAUUCCAGGAAGAUCAGGAGUAAAAUCUUUAUGGGAAAUAUGAAUGAAAAGGCUAAAAAUUAUUUGACAAGUGUGAUGGAAAAAAAUGUAAAUUGAUAGGGUAAGAUUGAUGAAAUGGUGGGCAUGUAUAGAAAAUAAAAAAUAAAGUUAUUCCUGGCAAACA